AUGGACCUGAAAUACUUCAUCUGCACCCUCGGCCAAGCCUCUCGCCACAAGAAUGAACCCCAAGACUUCACCAACAUAAACGACUUCACCGAGGAACAAGCACAUGACUACCCCAACCACCCGGCAGUCGGUUUCUACAACCCCUCCGAAAGCCAAAACCAGCCUUGGAGAACGCAAGUCCUGACCUUCAAAGAAGUGCUCCAGGGAGCAUGCUGUUAUGCUGAGAGGCUCUCUACCCUUCUCGACGUGCAGGAUAAGGAGACUGUAGCCUUGCUAUGUCCGAGUUCGCCGAAUUUCCUGUUUACUUGGCUUGGGGCAAUGAGGCUGGGACAUCCUGUGUUGCUUAUUGCUCCACAGGGUUCUCCGAAUGCUGUUGUGGAGCUUUGUAAACAGUGCAGUUGUGAGAGGUUGAUUUAUGAUCAGAUGUAUAAGGAUUUGGCACUGGCUUCAAAAGCGGCAGGGAAUGGGCAUGGGAUCAAGCUGGUUCCGCUACCGUUCAAGGACGAGGAGGUACUGGGAACGACGAAGCAGCCUGUAAACUCGAGGCUCAAGGCACAAGACGUGAAGCCUUCUGAUGUAGCCUACCUCCACCACACAUCUGGCACCUCAACCGGCAUCCCGAAACCCAUCCCGCAAACGCACCACGGCGGCGCAGGAGUCUAUACCGCUUUCGAAGGUUCUCACCAUGCAACCUUCACCACGACACCUUUGUAUCACGGGGCAAUAGCGGAUCUCUUCCGAGCCUGGACGAGUCAUGCGUUGAUCUGGCUGUUUCCUGGGAAGGAAGCCCCAAUCACGGCGACGAAUGUUGUGAAGUGCCUUGAGGCUGCGGAGAAGGCUGGAACACCGAGGGUGGAGUUCUUCUCGAGUGUACCGUAUGUGUUGGAGAUGUUGGCGGAGGAUGAGAGGGGUUUGAAGUGCCUGCAGAAGACGGCGAUCGUGGGUGUUGGUGGUGCUGCUCUGCCGGCUUCUGUGGGUGACGGACUUGUCGAGCGGAAUGUGAACCUGGUAUCGAGAUUCGGGAGUGCAGAGUGUGGGUUCUUGAUGUCGAGCAAUCGAGACUUUGCAAACGACAGAGAUUGGCAGUAUCUGAGGUGCGAUGAGGAUGAAGACAAACUUCGGUUCGAGCCACGAGAGGAUGGCUUGUCUGAACUGGUCGUAUUAUCCGGCUGGCCGCACAUGGCGAAGAGGAAUCGAGACGAUGGAUCGUUCGCGACGGCGGAUCUGUUGCAGCCUCAUCCGAGGAUCAAAGGGGCCUGGAAAUAUCAUUCACGAGCCGAUUCGCAGCUCACUCUUAUCACGGGCAAGAAGUUCGACCCUUCGCCGCUGGAAUCCGCCAUCAGCGCUUCCACACCUUUGCUUAGUGAUGUAUUAAUCUUUGGGAACGGCCAACCACAUCCUGGGGCUCUGCUGUUCCGCUCGCGAGACGCAAAGGAGGUCGUCGACCAAGACGUCCUGGCUGAGAUCGGACCCAAAAUCGAACAGCUGAACAAGGAGAGCCAGAGCCACGCGAGGAUAGACAGAAGUAUGCUAAUACCCAUGCCAUGGACCGAGCAGCCCUUAGAGAAGAGCAGCAAAGGGACCAUCUUGCGCGGCAAAGCAGAAGAGCGAUACGCUUCCAAUAUCGAAGCCGCAUACAAACAGCAGGUCGAUUCGUUGAACGAAAAUGUUCCUGACGACGAUGUCCCUGACAAAGUCCUGGAAAUAGUCAACACGGUCGUGAACACCCCGACGUCCGAACCUGUUGAUAUGGAGACCGAUCUAUUCGCUUGUGGAGUUGACUCGAUCGCUUGCGUUCGGAUUCGCCAUGCCGUCUCUCACCUGCUCCCCAAGGGUCAUGUUCCACUACCUCUGACCGUAGUACAGGACUGCGGGACGGUAUCAAAGCUGAGCCAGGUCUUGAUUGACAUGAGGCAGGGCAAGGAUCCAGAUCUCAGCGAGACCAAGAAUGUUGGAGAGACGAUGUUGGGCUUGGUGGAGCAAUAUAGCCAUUUCGAUCUAUCACCGGGCACAAAUGGGUUCACGUCCGGUAUCAACGGCUCCAGCCAUGGAAAGCGCAAGAACAUCCUCCUGACAGGUCCCACGGGCUCUCUGGGGAGCCAUCUCCUCGGCCAGAUCCUGGAGAAUCCAAAUGUCCACAUCUACCUUCUUCUGCGCGGUAGCACAGCACACGCUGCAAGAGAACGAGUACUAAAAGCUCUUCAAUCCCGCAAGAUCCCCAUUCCGAACGACUUCGACGACAGACUGACCAUCCACACAUGCGCCCUGUCGAAACCCUAUCUUGGACUGUCAGAGAAGACAUACGCCAACCUCGCGGGUAAGAUAGAUGUGAUCUACCACCUCGCCUGGUCCGUCGACUUCGUCUUGCCGCUUCAAGGAUUCAGGCAGCAUUUCACCGGCCUACAAUCCCUCACAAACCUCGCCCUGGCGCGCAAGCCCGAACCAGCACACUUAAUCUUCUGCUCCAGCACUGCCUCCGUUUCGAAUGGUAGUAGUCCUGUGGCUGAAGCUGUCGUUGAAAAUCCAGCCGUAAGUGGAGGUAUCGGGUACUCCAGAUCAAAGUGGGUGGCAGAAAAUAUCCUCCUCAAGGCAAGACAGCAACAUCCCAAUUUGAACAUCGACAUCGUCCGCGCAGGCCAGUUGAGCGGAGACACCAUGCACGGCAUCUGGAAUAUGAGCGAAGCAUAUCCUUUAAUGUUGAGCAGCGCGAGAGAGACGAGAUGUCUGCCAGAUUUGGGCGAUGGUGAGGAUAUGCGAUGGGUGCCGGUGGAUUUGGCUGCGAGGGCGUUUGUUGAGUUGACGCGUGAGGAGAAGAGCCAUGGACAGCAGCUGGCGGUGUUUCAUGUCGUAAACUACAAUAGCGAGACGACAUGGCGACAGUUGUCUGCUUGGAUCCAAGAAGACGCAAGUGACGUCGAGAUCUUGUCAGUGAAGGAAUGGCUGAGGAGGUUGGAGAAGUUGAAGGCGCAAGGAAGCGAGAAUCCUUGUUUGAAGCUGCUUGAGUUUUGGAAAGACACGUAUGGGGCGAGAGAUGAGGGCUCAAGCACCAGCGAGACGCCAUCCAGGACGGUAUAUGAGAUGAAUAGGACUUUUGCGGCGAUGCCGGCUGUGGCACAAAUGAGGUCGCUUGACAGAGAUUACGUUUUGAGGCUGUGGGACUGGAUCAAGGCGAGGUAG